AGCCAUUUUGGCUGAAGCGGGUUAUUGGGUGCAUGCCUGAAGCCAUCCAUGGCGGCAUCCAUGGCUCAUGUACCCAAACGGGCGGUGCAGCAUUGCCUCUACACGCCCCUGCAGGAAGUUCAUCCUCCUUGCUUGAAGCCUGGGCAAGCAGAGCAGAUUGCUGCAGCAGAAGCGGCUGAAGCGAAGAAGAAAGAUGCUCCGUUGCCGCCCUUCGCCAAGCUCUUUGAGGAUAGUCAGAUUGAAUCUGAGUAUGUGAGGCGAAUGUGUAAGCUCAGAUGCCCCGAUGACUUCAAAACACCACGUGGAGACAAAAAGGCAGACCAUGCGGAUGACCAUUCUUGUCAGAUUGGCGUUGCACAUUGGCGUUCAGAGUAUGCCCACAACUCAGCAGAAGGAGGAUCUCGAAGAGUGCAACCUCAGAUGACAGCGCAGCAGAUCUUAGCCAGCCGGAAGGUGCCUACACCUCGCUGUUGUAUCAGCAAGUUGCAAAGUUUCACUUGCAACCAUGCAGAGUAUGGCAGGAAUGGUGACAAUCCCAGAGACAAGGUCACACCACGGGACACUCAAAUGCCAGUGUUGAAGAAUUCUUUGACCGCAGGGAGCACCAGAGGUACAACACACAUCCCAGGUUAUCAAGGCGUCAUCCCACGCUAUGCUGGCAGCGAGAGUCAUAUGCGUGCAUCUGCAACACCACGGUCAGUGGACAAAACCAAUAUCAUUCCGAACUUUCACAAAGAUAUUGUGGGCUAUGCAGGACACGUACCAGAAGCUGUCUGUAACGACUUGGGUGGGCGCAAGCCAACCGAUCUCACCACCUUUGGUCAUGACUUCAAACCACACAAGACUGGCGCACUUCGCUGACCGGACUAAAAGGGUCUAGGGAAGCGGGAAAAGCUGUGCAUGAACACGAAGAUUCGCAAAGAUUGAAAAAGGUGCUAGCUGAGACCUUUGGGAUCCUUUGGGGGUAUAGUGCAAGGAACAAGUGAACUGGCAAGACAUGGCAAGAUAUCGCAGGUAUCAAUCA